AGCUUAGAGCUGUUCUUCAGAGUGAGCGUCUCUCUCACUCUCCCCAGUCGUUAAGUCAGAGAGCAGAGGAGGAAGGAAAGGCAGAGAGACCAGGGGAGGUCUGACGACACCAUCCCAGCUAGCCCGGCACUUAAUUUAAAUGCCCAGAUUGAUACAUGUGUGCACACAGUCUGGCUUUAAUGCACUGGAGGAACAUCAAGGGUUAUAACCAAGCUGUCACUCUGCAAGACAUGUCUGCAACUUUUCCUGCCAGGACAAAAACUUAAGGGAGUUUUGGAAAUACAGCAUGUGUAAGUGUUUGUGGUGAGAGAAGCAGUGACUUUCAGUGCUGGAGGUCCAAUGUGAGGAUGGAUGACACAGGCUAACAAUGUUCCUAACCACUUUCUGAUCCAGCUUUAAAAGGGAACAUCCAGCCUAACAAAGAAGAAGAAGCAGCUAAAGAUACUAGAACCCAAUUCACCUGCCACCUUGACCCCAGGCUUAUAUGAUGCUUUGGUACAACUUUGGCCGCCAUAUGCUCUCUCUGGCAGCACUUCUGGUAAUUGUGAGCUGCGGAGGAGGGGAGCAACGGAGAGGAACGGAAACCAGCCGCACAGGUGGCAGCAGCAGCAGCAGUAGUAGUAGUGGUAGCAGCAGCAGUAGUAGUGGAGGAAGUAGUAACAGUAACAGCAACAGACGUUUUCAUAAGAUCCAGCAUGGCCAGUGCACCUACACGUUCAUCCUCCCUGAGGGAGAGGGACCAAGAGGAAGCUCCUGUAGGGAGGCGAAAGCUGGUGGCCCGCAGCACAACGCCAACUCUCUCCAGAGGGACGCUCCGCCACCUGACCCUGAGUUUCCCAGCCAGAAGAUCCAGCAGCUCGAACACAUUAUGGAGAAUUAUACCCAGUGGCUACAGAAGAUUGAGAACUACAUCAAAGAGAGCAUGAAGACAGAGAUGGCUCAACUGCAGCAGAACGCCGUCCACAACCACACAGCAGCCAUGUUGGAAAUGGGCACCAACCUUCUUUCUCAGACGGCUGAACAGACGCGCAAGCUAACUGACGUUGAGACACAGGUUCUGAAUCAGACAUCCAGGCUUGAGAUCCAGCUGCUGGAAAAUUCACUUUCCACUAACAAGUUGGAGAAAGACUUAAUGGUCCAGACCAAUGAGAUCAGCAAGCUGCAUGAAAAGAACAGCCUCAUGGAGCAGAAGAUGGUAGAAAUGGAGAUGCGACACCAUGAAGAGCUAGAGACACUGAAGCAGGAGAAGGGCAGUCUUCAGGUCCUGGUGGGGAGGCAGAGCAGUGUUAUCGGAGAGCUAGAAGCCCAGCUGAGCCGUGCCACAGGAAACAGCACAGCUCUGCAGAGACAGCAGCAGGAGAUGAUGGAUACCGUCCACAACCUGCUCAGCCUCUGCUCAAAAGAUGGAGUUGUGCCUAAUAGCACAAAGGUUGCAUUUGAAGAAAAGAAGUUCCGCGACUGUGCCGACCUCUACCAGGCUGGCUUUCAUAAAAACGGAGUCUACACCAUCCAGAUCAACCCGCAGGAGACCAAAAAGGUGUAUUGCAACAUGGAAACAGCUGGUGGCGGAUGGACGGUCAUCCAGCGCAGAGAAGACGGCAGUGUUGACUUCCAGAGAACGUGGAAGGAGUACAAAAUGGGUUUUGGCAGCUUGUCUGCAGAGCACUGGUUGGGGAACGAGUAUGUUUACCAUUUGACAAGCCAGAGACAGAAUGCCCUCCGUGUAGAGUUGACCGAUUGGGACGCACACCAGGCCUUCUCGCUAUAUGACCGCUUCCAAAUCGGCAGUGAGAAACAAAACUACAGGCUGUUCUUGAAAAGCCACAGUGGGACUGCAGGCAGACAGAGCAGUCUCGUAAUCCACGGAGCAGACUUCAGCACCAAGGACAUGGACAAUGACAACUGCAUGUGCAAGUGUGCCCUCAUGCUCACGGGUGGUUGGUGGUUUGAUGCCUGUGGUCCGUCCAACCUUAACGGCAUGUACUUUACCCAAGGACAACAUGUAGGGAAGUUAAACGGUAUCAAGUGGCACUACUUUAAAGGCCCCAGCUACUCGCUACGAGCCACGGUCAUGAUGAUCCGCCCUCUGGACUUCUCCUAGUCGUUUGAACAUUAUACUUCAGAACGGCUAUGUAGCACAUUAGAGGGACGCCGCCUAUUUUAUCCUCUUGUCUCAUCUCAUUUCGCUGGCCCUGGGAGUCAUCCAAUAAAUCUUUUUAUUUAGUUUUACUCCUACCUGGUCCUUCUUUUGGGGCUUCCCCAGAGCAACAGCUAUUUCUGUUCUGCUGAUGCCUCAUAACCUUUCCCCUCAAUGAACUGAAGAGCAGCAAUGAAGAGGACGAAAGACCCAGAUUCACCUGAACUGAUUUCAGUUCACAAGCAGAUUCCCAAACUUGACGUUAUUUAGGGACAAAUGCUUUCAGGUGGAUUAUCUCAUGCCUGGAAUUUGUGCACAUUUUGCGCAUGCUGUAAGGUCAGCUUCAGUGAAAAUUCAAACUUGAUGUCGAACCACAAUUUUUUCCCAUUUUCCUGGGGCACCUGCAAUGCAAAAAUAUAGAGGAAUUGUACUCUUCUGAAUGGAAAGCAGCUACCACAGACUGACUCCUUAAACUGCAGAACAGAACUUAUCUGGAACGCUUAAAGGAGACAAAUGAGAGAUUUUGCUUUUUUUAUUAAUGUUUUUUUAACAGAACACAGCCCAUAAAUAUUAUGAAUGUAUUAUAUAUUGUUUUUUUGUAUUAACUAUACGAUAUUACACGUGAGAUGAAAUUGUUUUUUGUACUGUACAGUGUAGACCGCCUUUCUAUCUGCAUUAUGUAUACUCUAUUUUAAAGUAACCUUGAAAUUCCAGUAAUGAGUUGAUAAUAGUUAUAAGAGUCACUUGCUGCCAAUUACACACUAGCCGUCUUGAGAGAGUGAUUAUUUUUAGAGUUAAUAUGUGAGGUUAUUAUUGGAUUAGAUUCUGGACAGAGAUCCUUUUGCCUUUUUGUUAUUGGCUGAGAAACAACUAAUACCUGCCAAGGUUUAGAUUGUGAGUGAUCACGUUACUUUCUGCUGAAUAUGAAAAAGAAGGACAUUAAUACAAAUGCAUAUAAUUAGUGAUAUAUAUAUAUAUAUCAAUUACAGCUGUGUGCACAUUGGGGAUAGGAAUGUACGUUUGCAUGUACAACAAGUAAUGUGUAUUUUUUGCACAGAUAUGUACAAUAUAUCCCUGAGUGUCAUGAUGGAGGUACCACGUCAUGAUGCUUCCAUAUUCACAAAGAUGUUAAUGCUUAUAUUAAGCUGGUGUUCCACAUCUAUGAAGCCCACAAACAAUGAGGUCAAAGUUCAUAUUACUGAAUUGUAUAUAUGUAUCUAUAAAGGACAUUGUAAAACCCCUUUAUGACUGUUCCUAAUCUCUUACCUUAAGCCAAAUAGCAGAUCAUUAAGACAAGUUACAUGCAAAAUGUUUUUCACAGACAUCAACAUGACAGCCUCUUAUUCCAGCCAGUUUCUGUUUCUCAUCAAUGCAGCUUCGAAAAAAAGGAGCUGGAGUUAGAUAUGAAGCAUGAAAUGAAUGAUUCCUCCAAGUGUUCCAUGUGAACACAUAUUUCAUAACUUCCAGAUUUAUAACAACAGAAUCUACUGUGCUGAGUAUUUUCUAAAGGUACAUGUGGCGAGAAGACGAAGUGUAUCUGGAUCUUGUAAGAAUACAAUCAACAUGUUUAUUAGCAUACUAAAAAUGUAUAAUUUAAUGUGUGUGUACGUAUAAAGCAGCUUUCCUGAGGAAUGCUGCUUUGUUUCCGUUUUUCCUCUGCCAGGUCUACAAUGGUGUUUGGAAGUUGAGCAUAAAACAUAGAAGUUAAGAUAAUAACCCUGGAGAAUGUGCCUUUUGAUAACUCUGCUUUUACCUCAUUCAAUUCCAGAUUUGCAGAUUUAUUUAAACAUCUUUUGUAACAUGUGGUCAGUGUUGUGUUGCUAGAUUAAAUAAAAGAGAAAAUGUUUUCAA